CAGCGGUAGCACUUGAAAGAUCUUCCUCGUUGACUGGACCCAAAGAAGCAGUUAUUACAAUCGAUGAGAAUGGAGUUUUUUGUGAAUUUUUGAACCUUGGACUUUUCCUUCAURUACCACCCAAUACUGUAAGUCAACAGACAAAUAUAACGUGCAAAGCAAGGUCUAAACAAUUUUUGUCCUCCCCUGCUGGGGAAAUGGAAACUGUUGUCAGUCAUAUUGUGGAACUGAGGCCACAAAGUCUUCGCCUUCAACAACCUAUUGUUGCGACACUGCUGCAUUCUGGGCCAGGACGAGAGUAUGGGUAUGAAACGAUCGUGAAAGCAUUUAAUCAAGAACAGCUCGUCUGGGAAGAAUUAGAAGAAUGCAAAAGURCGGCGACCCAAUCGAUAGACUACAUACGAGCGAAGAUUACCAAACUGACUGUCCUUGCAGUGGUGAGCAGGCYGAUUACAGAUCAAUUUGAAUUAACGCCAAAAGGAGGUUUGUUGAGAUCUUCUGUCUGUGAAGAUAUCAUACUACAGUUUCCUGAAGGAGCUGUGACAAGGAAUGUCAAUGGUAGUCUGCAGGUACUAAUGAUACCCAAGGAGGUCACCACUAAUGGCUACCCCUGCCCAAUAGUUUUYGUCAAUGGGUUUGAAGGCAUCAACUUUCGUAAUUACGUGUUGGUAAGAAUACCGCACCCAUGCCCUUCAAAAUACCCUGUUGGACAGAUAAACCUGAUGUGUUUGAAACAAAACCAGUGGACGAACAUUACAGACCAAACUGAUCAUGUUAUUUGUGUGGAGCAGCAACACUACAUAGAACUUCAUGUGCAACAUUUUUCAGGUUUAUGGCCAUGGCUUCUCGCAGUUCCCUGUAAUUUUAUCGAACUAUUCCGAUAUUUGUGUCAAAGUCCACAAGCUGUCUGUUUUGCGGCAUUCAAACAGAAGURUCAGUCAAGUCUUGCGCCCAAAAUAACCUUGUUAUGUGUGGCAAAUCACGACGACGAAAGAAUAAUAAAAAUGAGAGAUAAAGGUUACGGAAUACUGGCUUGUACUACUGCAAGAAAGAAAAUGAGACCCAAUGACAAUGCGUUCGUAAAGCUGGACGGAAAAUAUCAGGCACGCCGGGAAGACCAGGAUAUUUUCUUGCAAUUUCUAUACAACGAAUCUUACAUAAGAGAAUUAAGUAUCGAAAGAAAACAAGAAACAAUUCAGGCUGAUGUUGACAAUGCAGUCCUCCUAGUUUCGUUCUACCCCAACAAUGAGUUUGCUGAAAAUGACCUCAUUUGUAAGCUAGAUGUUCAGGAAAACAUAACAACAGAGAACUACCGUCUGGAACUCCUUAGAUUUAUGAGGGAACUUGCUUGUAUAGAAGAUGAUUUUGCAAGUUUGUCGCUGCAGCAAUCAUAUAAUGAAGAGGACAGCGAUGAAGGACAAGAAAACCAGAUAACCSAUAUUAUCUCAUCCUUCGGCCCGGAAGAGAGGCUACUAACGAUUAGUGCCGAAGAAGUAGCCGAUAAAUUACCCAGCAUUUUGAAUGUGAUGAGAUCAGUAAAUCAAGGAGACCCUCCUCCASACGUCAUGAAGCAGUGCCGCAUAUUCUGUCGCAUGCUUAAGGAACUUGGUAGAACAGAUAUUGUAGAUGYUCUAAGAAUGGUACUACCUGAGGGCAUGACCGGUCCUGUGUCUGAUGGCAAUACUUUAGUAGAGAACUUGGAGUACGAUAGAAAGAGUAGAUUAACUCGCCACCUUUCAGUGACAGAGAAGUGGAAACCCCUUGCACAAGAACUGGGAGCAACUCCCAUUGAUAUCCAGUUUUUCGAAGCCAAAACUUCAAACCAUUCCAUGGCUAUUUUAAAAGAGUACGGAGCGCACUUGACAGUUAAUCAACUUUAUAAACUUCUCGUUCGGAUCGGAGCGAAUGCGAUUGCUGAUCACUUGUGAUUUUCUCUCAAUUGACUCCUCAUUUUAAAGUUUUUAUUUUGAUUCCUGAUCGGUGUAUUUUAACUAGCUUUAAUUUGCUCUUAGACGUAACGUGUUGAAAAAAAUAAUUGCUCGAUUAAUAUCUCGUCAAGAUCCCGUGCCAAAGCAAACCAUUCGCCACUUUARAAACGAGUAGUAGCCUGGGUCGAGUUAAGGCACGCAAUGACGCUUGGGAUUGUUACAGGAGACAGAGAUACAAUCUUCAACGCUUUUGACGAGCUUUGCGCCAGUUAUAUCAUUCUCAGUGACAGUUAUUUCAAUUCUUAUAUGUGUUAUAUCUUUUUUUGCGCCUUCUGCCAUAUUUGUUUGUAUGCAGGUGUCCUUUGUAACGAUCCCAAGCGCCUUGGCGUGCCUAAACUCGACCCAGGUUACCGCUCAUUUCUAAAGUGGCGAAUUCCAAAUGUUUCACUAGUUGAACGUGAGAAUCAAACCUUGUUGAAAUAUAGGUGCCCAAGUUUCACUAAAUACUUGACAAGGAAAAGCUAAACAAUAAAAUUAAGUGUAAAUGGA